UGGUUUGCGAGGAGACUCGCUGGCGCCAUGGGUGUGCAAAAGCUUCCAAGUCACACAGAGGCACGCUGCAGGAGAAAGGGCCGAGGGGUUUCCCGAGAGCAACGCUCGUUCUCCAUGCCUCGGAAAGCAUCUCCCGGAGGACGUGCGAGCUGAGGAGGCCAGGGACCCCAGUUGGCUCAACGAACCUCCCCAAGUCUGGCGUCUUCAAGUUGAGGGAGACGAACACGAGCGCACUUGAGACGCUCCGUUUCCGCUUUCCUGUCCCGAACAGCAAUUCUCGUUAGCUCUGUUGUUCUUGCCUGAAGUCCUGUGCCCAGUUUUGUUUGUGUUGAGAAAAUGUUUCUUCUCAGAUUCGGGUUGAUACCUAGCUAGGAGAAAGAGCCCGGUGUGAGAUGGAAGCCUGCCCAUUACUCUCUUGGGAAGCCUCCUGAAUCAAGACUGGUCUCUGUACGGGGAGCGCAGCUUCCAUCCGAGGUCGCAGUGGGGAAAAUGAGGAGCAAUGCCCAGUGGCAUCUGGAGAGCUGCAGCUUGCUCUCUCUCUCUCUCUGGCCAGGAAGGCAUACAGUAGGAUCCCUGUAUCCGUGCGUGAUCCCUUCCAAGCCCUUCCAGCGGAUGCUGAAAAACGUGGAUUAGGGUGAACCCGAUUCGGGUAGUGAAUGCUAGCCUCUAGUUCCCUCUAGUGACCAGUUCUGGUAAUCACAUCAUGGACAUGUAUAUUUUAGGGAUUCUUCUUUUGAUAUUUUCAGGCUGUGGAUAAUUGAAUCCCAUGGCUAAGGGGAUCCUACUGUAUUUUAUAGCAUCCCCCCCUUUUAAUUUUGCUGGGAAUGUUUGAGCAUUUGGGCGAUGCCUGGAGUCAACAAUGGUGUUGUUUCCUGUUUUCCAGCUCUUUCUGCCAUGCUUCUGUCCUUUGGCGCCCGGAGCCCACGGCAUGUGGUUCCUCGCGCUGCUCUCUGGGCGAGGUCUCCGUUUCUUGGCGAGCAUGUCAGGCACCACGUCCGGCCUGCCAGCUGCAACCCUUUGGCCUCUUUGGCCGGUCAAACAAUCUCCCGACCAGCUCCCCACGAAGGGACCGUUUGCGGCUUCAUCGGCCCAGCAGCCGAGAGGGUCCUUCUUGGAGCGAGAAGAGCUUCGUGUCCUGGUGGAAUGAGGGACCAUCCGCCUAGCCGGCGGCCUUACUCGCAGGGAAACGUGCAAAAUCCUGGUCCCGCGCCAAAGAUCCCACUGAAGACACGCCUCCUCAUCACGGCCGUCCUCGGGGGUGGGAUCCUGGCCUUUUGGCUGUACCUCCGGGCCGAGAAGGAGCACCAGAAGAAGCUGAGGCGGAUCGAGGACCUGCGGAAGCUGGCCCUCGGCCAGGGGAACUUCCAGCUGGUGGACCACACGGGGCGGCCCUGCACGAAGGCCGACCUGAAGGGCCAGUGGGUGCUGCUCUAUUUCGGCUUCACCCACUGCCCGGACAUCUGCCCCGAGGAGGUGGAGAAGAUGGUGAACGUGGUGGAUCUCCUGGACCGAGAGCCCGGCCUGCCUCGGGUCCAGCCCGUCUUCAUCACGGUGGACCCCGAGCGUGACGACGUGGCGGCGGUGGCCAAAUACGUGAAGGAGUUCCACCCGCGGCUACUGGGGCUGACUGGCAGCCCGGACCAGGUGCGGGAGGCCGGGCGCGCCUUCCGGGUCUACUACAGCGCCGGGCCCAGAGACCAGGACGACGACUACAUUGUCGACCACACGGUGAUCAUCUACCUGAUCAACCCGGACGGACUCCUCAUGGACUUUUACCAGCGCAGCAAGUCAGACGCAAAGAUGGCGCAGAGCGUUAAGAAGCACAUGGAGACCUACCGGAGCAUCUUCAGCUGAGAUGCGCCUGGUUCCCACUGAUCUAUGGGGUCCUUGCACCCUCUCACUCCUUUUGGGUCCUGCUCUUUUGAGGGAGCGCAUACUUUAUACUGAGGGGCUUUUUUGUGUGUAUGUGUGUGUGUGUGGGUUCCGGAGGUUAUGUGCUUCAGUAAGAUGAAUCGGUAUGAUGUGCACUAUGUCUAUUUUCCUUUUAAGUUUUUUUUUUUAAGAAGAAAAAGAAUGUGUAUUUUUCGGUUUG